AUGAAUCUAAUAUCAUUUUAUUCAUACCAGCGAGAGAACUUGAAGAUUGAUAUCUCCAACUUUAAACCUCCGAAAAAGCUUACUCAGCUGAGAACCUUAAAACUCAAACUUAUCCAACUGAAAACUUCUGAUUCAAGACAUGGAUGUAAAUAAGAUUAUAAGCAACAUUCGGAAUGGGGACUUUGAAGAUGUGAAACGAUUUAUCAAAAAAAAUCCUGAAACUGUAAGUUUACCAAACAUCUUCAAAAGGUGUUACGGUUCUUAUGGCUGCCUGUGAACAAGGCAAUAAAGAGUUAAUAACCUUAUUGACAGAAUCUGGCGCUGAUCUCAACAUCAGCGACGAAGACAAGAAGUGGACAGCAUUGCAUUAUGCAGUGGAGAACAAGCAAGCGGAUGUUGUGGCCUUGUUACUUUCCAUAGGAGCAAAUGUUAAUAAGCAGGACAAAUGGGGCAACACACCUCUACAUCUGGCUGUGAGGAAUAAAUAUGAAGAUGUAGUCAAAGUCCUGUUAAACAGCAAAGAAAAUAACAAUUUACUGGUUAAUCAGAGAAAUAAUAAGGGUCGGAGUGCUCUCCAUUUAGCCUGUCGUUUUCCAUGCAAAAAUAUUGUUGAACUUCUCCUGCAACAUAAUGGCACGGAUGUUAAAGCUGUGGAUAAUGAAGAUUGGACAGCUCUCCAUUUUGCCUGUAAAUAUGGAGGCAUAAACAUUGUUGAACUUCUCCUGCAACAGAAUGGCACGGAUGUUAAUGCUGUGACCAAGCAAGGUGACACCCCUCUCCAUAUUGCCUCUGAAAGUAGACGCACGGAAAUUGUUGAUUUUCUGCAACAGAAUGGCAUCGAUGUCUAUUAGAUGAACAAAAAGGGUGACACCCCUCUACAUCUGGCAGUUCGAAAGUAAGUCCCCAAUGGAUUUGGAUUAUCCAAAUCUGUUUCUUUAAUGUUUGUUUUCUUGUUUCGAGUCAUUCAUGUCAUAAUCCCACCAUGGGUCGUCAUGCUUCACCGCUCUCUCUCUCUCUCUCUCUCUCACUCUAAUGACACUGUAAUCUAACUUCAUUAAUUAAUCAUCAUAAUUAUUGUUGUUGUUGUUGUUACAUGACUGGAUUCUUUACUUCAUCUCAUCCUUCGUUACCUCAACGUUACAGGUUCAAAUCCUCUCGCUUCUUCCUUUCAUUCCAUGUAAAACACCUCACCCCGCCUUCUCUUGAAAUUUUACUCUUUCGUCUGGCCCUGGGCUAAAUGCAGAAUCAUCCCCUUACUUUGAUCCGUUUGUGUUCCAAGUUCAACUCCUGGGGUCAAAAUCUGUACCAGUAAUAUCCAGGGGUUCAUUUAAUAAAUUGUCCUCCCUCUUUACU